AUGGCCAUUAAGACAGUCAUGAGCAAAGCCUAUGAUAGGAUGGAGUGGUAUUUUAUUGAGGCUGUCAUGAGAAAGAUGGGCUUCUCUGAGGUAUGGAUUGAAUGGAUUAUGAGAUGUGUUACCUCGGUUAAGUACCAAGUUUUGAUGAAUGGAGAACCUAGGGGACACAUAGUUCCAGAGAGAGGUCUACGUCAAGGAGAUCUUUUGUCUCCUUCCAUAUUUAUUCUAUGCACGGAAGCGCUCGUUAGCCUUCUUAGUCAAGCAGAGAAUCAAGGGAAGAUAACGGAGAUGAGAGCCGCUCGUGCUAGCCCCCCAGUAUCUCACCUUCUUUUUGCUGACAAUAGUCUUUUCUUCUGUAAGGCGGAGCCCCGUGAAUGUGAAGAAGUUAUGAAAGUAGUCAGGAAAUAUGGACAGACAUCUGGACAAUGCAUAAAUUUUGACAAAUCUUCUCUGCUCUUUGGCAAGAGGAUCCUAGUUAAUGAUCGCCAGCAGAUUAAAGAUAUACUGGGAAUACAAAAUGAAGGAGGAAUUGGUUCAUACUUAGGAAUACCAGAAGAUAUCAGUGGGUCUAAAUAUAAGUUAUUUGUAUUCCUAAAGGAGAAGCUGCUACAUAGAGUAAAUGGGUGGACAGGCAGAUGGUUAUCGAAGGGAGGAAAGGAAGUGCUAAUUAAUUCUAUCCUACUUGCUCUGCCGACGUAUGUGAUGUCUAGUUUCUUACUCCCCCUAGAAAUUUGUGAGAACCCCGCUAGUGCCAUUGCACAGUUUUGGUGGAGUUCAAAUCCACCGAAAAGAGGGAUAUAUUGGGCUACAUGGGAUAAAAUGUGUAAACCUAGAGAGGAAGGAGGCAUUGGAUUUCGCAUGAUCCAUGAGUUUAAUUUAGCUCUUUUAGCUAAACAGCUAUGGCGUCUUACUCAGUUCCCAGAUUCAUUAGUGGCAAGGGUAUUGUCCAUGGAUUCCAUCAGUGCCAGCAAGACCGGCUCGAGCUAG